GCGAGUCGCAGGGCGACUGGGGUUUCCGUGAAAGGCGACCCCCUUCGGCCACGGUUUCCUCAACAAAGGGAUCCGCCAGGGGCACCUGAAUGAGCUGAAAUGCCCAGACAAUUUCCAAAGCUAAACAUUUCUGAGGUCGAUGAGUCAGUGCGACUUCUAGCUGAAAAGGUUUAUGCCAAAGUUCUUCGAGAAGAAGACAGCAAAGAUGCCUUGUCACUAUUCACCGUGCCUGAGGAUUGCCCUAUUGGGCAAAAAGAGGCAAAAGAAAGAGAGCUGCAGAAAGAGAUGGCAGAGCAACAGUCUUUGGAGACAGCUAAAAGGAAGAAAAGUUUCAAGAUGAUUCGAUCCCAGUCCUUGUCAUUACAAAUUCCAUCGCAGGAAUGGAAACCUCCAUCAGCUACUCCAGCUGUGUCUCCUCCGACUCCGGUUUUUCCAGGCACUCUUCAGCCCAUCCCAGGGCCAUAUGAUGUACCAGAAUUUCAAAGAGUUGCCAUUAGUGGGGAUUACUGUGCUGGGGUUAGUGUUGAUGAUUAUGAACAGGCUGCCAAGAGUUUGGCAAAAGCUCUGCUUAUUCGGGAGAAGUAUUGCCGACUUGCUUACCAUCGAUUUCCAAGGAUAACGGCACAAUAUUUAUGCAGUAUUCAAAAUGAAAAAUGGAGAAUUGAAGAUGAGGUACUUCCAGAUUUCCAUCCACCCGUAAAAGAACUGCAGGAUCCUUAUAAUCUUGAUGAUUCUCCGGGGAAUUUGGAUUAUGUUGUAAAGAUGAAAGAAGGCAUUGUCUUAGUUUAUGAGACUAAAGAAAUGAUGGAGCUUGAUGAGCCACGGAGUUUGCCUUAUCCUCAUCUACAGACAUACACCCUUGACCUCAGCCAUGUGCUGGCUCUCAUUGCAGAUGGUCCAACAAAAACAUACUGCCACAAGCGACUUAACUUUCUAGGGUCCAAGUUUGGUCUGCAUGAGAUGCUAAAUGAGAUGUCUGAGCUUAAAGAACUAAAAAGUAAUCCUCAUCGGGAUUUUUACAAUGUGAGAAAGGUUGAUACUCAUAUCCAUGCUGCUGCCUGCAUGAAUCAGAAACAUUUGCUGAGGUUCAUUAAACACACAUAUCAGACUGAGCCAAACAGGGUUGUGGGGGAGAGAAAAGGCAAGAAGAUGACUUUAAAGCAGGUGUUUGAAAGUCUUCAUAUGGAUCCCUAUGACCUCACUGUAGAUUCAUUAGAUGUCCAUGCGGAUCGCCAGACAUUUCAUCGGUUUGACAAAUUUAACUCCAAAUAUAAUCCAGUUGGUGCAAGUGAACUGAGGGACUUGUACUUGAAAACAGAGAACUAUCUUGGUGGUGAAUACUUUGCCCGUAUGGUGAAGGAAGUUGCCCGUGAACUAGAAGAAAGUAAAUACCAGUACACAGAACCUCGGCUGUCUAUUUAUGGGCGUUCUCCAGAUGAAUGGCAGAAUUUGGCUAAAUGGUUCAUUAGACACAAAGUUUAUUCACCUCACAUGCGUUGGAUGAUUCAGGUCCCUAGAAUCUAUGAUAUAUUUAGGUCAAAAAAUAUUCUGCCUAGUUUUGGGACAAUGCUGCAAAACAUCUUCUUACCUCUGUUCGAGGCAACUAUCAACCCCUUGGAUCAUAAAGAGCUGCACCUCUUCCUUAAAUACGUGACAGGGUUUGAUAGUGUGGAUGAUGAAUCCAAACAUAGUGACCACAUGUUCUCUGACAAGAGCCCAAAUCCUGACAUUUGGACUAGUGGAAAGAAUCCUCCAUAUAGUUAUUACUUGUAUUACAUGUACGCAAACAUCAUGGUUCUCAACAAUCUUAGAAAGGAAAGAGGUAUGAGCACCUUUCUUUUUCGGCCUCAUUGUGGAGAAGCUGGAUCAAUCACUCACUUGGUAUCAGCCUUUCUAACUGCGGACAACAUUUCGCAUGGAUUACUCCUGAAGAAGAGUCCAGUCCUCCAAUAUCUUUAUUAUCUUGCACAAAUUCCCAUUGCCAUGUCCCCUCUUAGCAACAACAGUCUGUUCCUGGAGUAUUCAAAAAAUCCACUACGAGAAUUUCUACACAAGGGACUCCAUGUCUCUCUCUCUACAGAUGACCCUAUGCAAUUCCACUAUACAAAGGAAGCACUGAUGGAGGAAUAUGCCAUAGCAGCUCAAGUGUGGAAACUGAGCACUUGUGACCUGUGUGAAAUAGCAAGGAACAGUGUACUACAAAGUGGCUUGUCACAUAAGGAAAAACAGAAAUGUAUAGGGGUAAAUUAUUGCAGUGAGGGGCCUGAAGGAAAUGACAUUCGAAAGACAAAUGUUGCACAGAUUCGGAUGGCUUACAGAUAUGAAAACUUAUGCAAUGAGCUGAGUUUCCUGUCUGAUGCUAUGAAGACAGAAGAGAUUACUGCACUCUCAAAAUAAUCACAGAUCCAAAAUCAAGUCAGCAUUGCUCGACCACCAAGACAGAAGAGAAAAUGUUGAGCUUUUGCAGGACAGAACUGUGAUGUUGUAUCAGACUUGCAGCAAAGCCAUGUUCUGCAAGCACUUGAUAUAUGUAGGACUGCUGUAUAUAUUCAGACGCAAGCUCACAACUAUAUUGUUUAUGCUGCGUAUGCAUUUAAAAGUGCACUCUAAAUCUAGUCAUAGGCUCCAUUCAGACAACACGCUAAACCAUGCCGCUUAACCACAAAAUGGUUAAUGGAAUGCAUGCAUUCCAUUAACCAUUUUGUGGUUAAACGGCAUGGUGUAGCGUGUUGUCUGAACAGGGCCAUAAAGUCUAUAGUGUUUGCUUUUGGGGUACAUUACAUUCUGCUUUGAAACGAGUACCAUGGGGACAGCAGCUUCUAGUAGCACACAUGCACCUCUCUUGCCAUGCUUCGUGGCAGGCAAAGAUCUAUGGCACUUUAAUCUCUGGUUAGCUUCCAGAUCAAUGACUGUACACAGUACUGUAGUCCCUUUUCAUUUUGGAGUAUAUCUGGCAAAGACUGCAGUGAACUUCGGGAAGUAAAAAUUUGACCAAAGAUCUGCAUGUUUUUCCUGGUUGCACAUUAUAGAAAAACAUAUUCAGCAUCACAUUUUGAUUACAUUUUGUCUUCCCAUCCGCACCCAACCCCAAAUAAAAUUAAUAUGCUAAUUUUGUAGUUUUAUGAACUCUUUUCAAACGGUCUUUUGGUGAUUAGCACAUCAAUUCUAAACAUUUGUGCUCAUUCACCCAUUUUACAAAGAUGUGCUGGUGUGGGUGUCGGGACUUAAUCACUUAAUUGCCGCUGUAGCAAGUUUUAAGAUUAGUAUGAUUUCAUUUUGAAUGUGCAACCCUGAAAAUGAAACAUAUUUUUCAUACUUCUUCUGUGUGCCAUUAAGUCCCAGGGAUAGUUUCCUUGUGAGUACUGGAGAUCUGUGACAAUCUUGUAGCAUCUGUUUGUUUACAAAUAUACAGGCUGAGCUAGGUUUUGGUGGGGAAGCAAGCAGGCACGUGCAAGGCAGGUCUAAUUUUGUACAGACAUGUCUGUAAAACCAAAAAGACGUAUUUGCAGUCUCCCAGGUUGUGUAUUUGAAGUAAAUUCCAAAACUGACUUCUCUCUGCAUAAAUUCAAACCUGCCUCUCUUGUUCUAGCAACCACCUGGACAGAUAGGUCCAGUUGACCUUGAUUGCCCAUUUGUUAUUUAGCAUAAUGGCCAAGCCAUACAAAAGUAAAGGAAGACUAGGAUAGAGGACUUCAUGGCCCAUGACACUAUUAAUAGCUUUGUAAGACAAAUAGAAUUGAAUGUUGUUUGCCUGAUCUAAAUUUUAUAUGAAGAGUGGCAGAAUAAUUUUCUGGAACCUUGACAUCUAAGGUCAGACUCUAUCAGUCAUUUAUUUAUGGCAAAAAUGCACUGUUCAUCCAGAAUUGAACAGGAGAGUGCAUUAUGCUACAUUGUCCCAUAUUAAGCCUGGCGCGCAGAAUUGAAGCCUGGCACACAGAAUUCAAAUUCCUUACAAACACUUAUACUAGCAAGACACACUUUAAUCUAACCUCAUGUUGGCAUAUUAGCUUGUUUAUAUGAACAAGUUUCCUUCCCCUGUGACAAGGGUCUUGCAUUAAAUUAUUUUUCUAUUUGCUCAGGUCAAACUGGCAGUUGUGUUACAUUGUUUUGCUGCUGGUUGGGGGGAAAAACACGCAUUGCUCCUGGACUCAGCUUUUGUGUGCGUGUGGCUGCUAUGUUUAUAGAUCUGUAAUGGUUCUAUUUGCUGUGGUAAGUAGUAGCCACCUAGAACUUUGCCUUUUAGAAAGGUGAAAUGUAAUGACAAUCUAGAGAUGCAGCUAUGAAUUAGAAGAGAUGGAGUAAAAGUAGUGUCAGCUUUACAGCCAUGAAUAGCCCUUCUUUACAAGUACUUGCGUGACAGUGCAAAGAAAACUAUACAAACUUUUACAGCACUUGUGCUUCUUUUCUUCUAACUGUUAAGAUAGUUGAGCAAUUAUGCUCGGAAGACAAGAUAGAUUUUUGCACUGGAAUCUGUACAUUUUAUUUUAAGUGUGGUUGUGGAGAGACUGGUUUUAUUUUCAAAGUUUCCCCCCCAAUGUAGAACACAAUUACUUUGCAGCAAGUCUAUUUGAUUUGCUUCCAAAUUCAGUUGUCUUGAUACAGUGAAAGCAGUCCAUUAAUGGAAGUUGGCUUUUGUGGGUGGUACCUUUGCAGAAUCGGGAGCCUUGUCCACAAAACAAUUAUGUGAAGACAGUUCUUGAUGCUGGAUCCCUGUAUGUUGUACCUGGGAUUGUGUAGGCAAUUAAUAUUUAUAGAUAACUGGCAUUGUCAGCUUUAGCAGUAAUAGCCACCCCACUCCCAGCUGAUCAGCCUUGUGAAAGAUGAUAGAUGUGUGCAUAUAUAUUGCAGUCUUUGGAUCAAGACUAGUGAAUUUGGAAGUAGUUCUUAGUUGCACCUGUAAGCACAAUUGAAAGUAAUGAUUUUUUAGUUACGUUUUUCUGAAGUCUUUGUAUUUUUAUAUCUUGAUUGACAAAGGUGAUUGAAUCUCAUCAAAUUUCUGUUGCUAUCAUUUUGCAUCUAUCAAACUACUACAAGAAUGGCAAGUUCUAGGCUUGCAUUUUUGUCUAGUCUUUCUAGGAUUGAGCCUUAAAAGCUAGUUUAAGCAUACUUCACAUAAAAACAAUUAAAAUGAUUUCUCAUUUCAUUUGAAAUGGAUUUGCUGUACACUGCUAGAAAAUCUGCAUUAUGAAAUUAAAAAAAAGUAUGCACCAAAAAGCCCUUCUCAACAUUUCAAGCUCACUUAGUUGUCUGAGGUCGUAUAUUUUAUACUGAUUACCUGGCUUCAUUAAAAAGUGUGUUCUUACAUUUAUUGUUAUAAAAUGAAUAAUUUGGGGUUUUUGUUAGUCUACUCAUCUCACUGAUGAAUGGGACAGGUUGAGCAAAGAGAGCAACAUUUCUCUCUGGUAACUUGUAUUCCAUGUUUAGUUUCGCAAAGCUUGUUUGAUGUACAAAAAAAAUCCCAGCUCUCCCAGGAUAGCAAGUAACCAAAUUACAUAAUGUUUUGAGCUCACUCACUACUGAAACUUUAUUCAUCUGUAACAUUUGUAUGACAUACUUAUCACUUACUGUAUAAUUCACCUUUUUUUGUGAAGCCUUACAGUGCAAUCCUAUGCAUGUCUACUUGGAAGUAAACCCCAUUACGAUCUCCUUUAAACAAGGAGAUGUCACCUUAAGGUUGCUAUUUAAUAGUGGAAUGCAUUAGACAGGUUCCUGGAAAGUAGUAAUUAAAACGCUUAGUGGCAUUAACACAUUGUUUUCUUCUCAUAACACAACAGGAUAUAUUAGGCACAGGGAGGGGCUGUUUUUCAGACCAUUUGAAUUGAUCACACUGUAGCUGCAAUCCUGAACAUAUUUAGCCACUUUGGGAGUUAUAGGAUGUUUUUCUGACUAAACAUGCAUAUGAUUGCACCCUUACAGAAAUUAAGUUCCACUGAACAUAAAGGGACUUAUUUCUGAGUAAACAGGCUUAGGAUUGUACUGCAAGAACAAACCUUUGAAAUAUUUUGGAAAUUUAUGUUCCUUGAACAAUUACUAAACGAACAUCUUCUUGAAGAAAAAACAUUUGGGAGCCUGGGCUAUUUGGACAUGGUAGGUUAACUGAUAAAAUGUUACCAAUUUCCAUAAAUUGGUUAUUUUAUAUGUUUUAAAGUAUUGUAGCUAGAGCCUUUGUAUGCUUGAAUGCCAGGAUGUAAACAGCUUAUCUUCUGUUUAAUAAGGAAAAUGGUUUGAAUAUACAUUUUGCUGAUUAAGGUAUUUGGAGGUAUGUAGCACAAUGAAGCUUAUUAUAUAAAAAAAAGUUCUAUAAAGGGCAUUUUAAAAGUG